GUGCGGCUAUCGAUGAAUUUUCGGCUAAAUGGGGUUGCUAUCUUAACAUACCAUGCACAAUUUGUGAACAAUUUUUUAUUGCCGGCGUUCGAAUUUCUGAAGAAUAAGAUUAAAAAUAAACAUAGAAAAUGAAAUUAGUGCGAUUUUUGAUGAAGCUCAGCCACGAGACGGUGACAAUCGAGCUGAAGAAUGGCACUCAAAUACACGGCACUAUAACAGGCGUAGAUGUAGCCAUGAACACUCACCUGAAGAGUGUUCGGAUGACCAUCAAGAACAGAGAUCCUGUUCAUCUGGAGUCGCUAAGCAUCCGUGGCAACAACAUAAGGUACUUCAUACUGCCCGACAGCUUGCCGUUGGAAACUUUGCUGAUAGAUGAUACCCCGAAAUCCAAGACAAAGAAGAAGGACAGCGGACGCGUUGGUAAUCGUGGCCGCGGAAGAGGUGCGCGCGGACGUGGAGGACCCAGAGGACGCGGCCGAGGCAGGGGAGGAUCCAGAGGAGGACGUUAAUUUUGUAACUCCUAAAUUUAAUAAAAAUUUAAACAUUUCAAAUACAUGUCCGUUGAAUUUACUCAACUGUAUUUAUUUAUACAAAAAAACAAAGCUGUUCAACUGGAGAACCGUCUGAAAAAUGAUUCAAUAAAACGAAUAGAAUACUA